AUGAGGAAGCCACUUGUGGUUCUUCUGCUGAUAUCAACAGCAUUGGGUCGAUUCGUGGAAAAAGGAGCUAACUCGGAAAUUGAGGACACUUUUUACAAACACGAAUCGGACUGGGAGAUUGCUGAUGAAGCUCAAUACGAAGUGAUUUCGGAAGAUGUUCCAACAUUGCCACGAAUGAAUAGCCAGACGAAAUGGGAGAUGAUCAGAGCAAGCGGUCAAGAUCCAACCAUCCGACGCCGUAAAAAUAAGCAACAACUUCAACAGAAGGUUGUGCUCGGACGUGAACGUCGUGAUCUAAUUCUGGCUCCAUGGAGAAUCACUCAUGUUGCUCCGAAGAAGACUGUUGUCGUACCAAAGAAGGCAGCGAUGGCAUUGUCUUUUGAUAUGUGCCCAGAGAAGUUUGAUGCAAUCACAAAAGGAUACAAUGGAAGAACUUAUGUGUUCGCUCGUGAGAAGGUCUACCAAAUAUGGUUCGAGGAUGGACUACCACAGAAGGCAUCCUAUCUAAUCAGUGAUUUGUUCUCUGGUGGACCAAGAACUGUGACUGCUGCAUUGACAAACUCUCGAUCCGGAGUUACGAUUCUCUUUGAAGGACGUACUGCAUACAGAUUCCGCUGGAACAGAAAACAUCGUCGAUUCCAAUUGGCAAAGAACACUCCUCAAGAACUUCCACGUAACAUCACAAUCAAUCCGCUGUCAGCAUUCGAAUGGGCCGAUGGAAACCAAGUGGUUCUAAGUGGUGAGCAUUUCAUCAUUUACGAUGCCUAUUGGAACUUGGCGACAUUCACUGGACACACCCGGAAAUACUUCCCGAAUCUUCCACGCGAUCUUCUCGGAAUCGUAUACAAUGGAGCCGGAGAAACACUUCUCAUGUACACCAAGACAAAUAAGUUAAAGGUCUACAACACCAAGAAGUUCAAGGUGGUGCAGGAAUAUCCGUUGAAGCUAUCCGAAUUCGUCGGUUGCCAAUCAAGAUGA